AUGUCUGUAGUAAUAAUUAUAACCCUGAUCCAGCUUGGUAUUACACAGCACCAUACAGGGUUGGCUUGGGACGCUGCCUUGAAAAUUACAAAAGUAAGGUUGGAAUUAUUGUCUGACCCAGAUAUGCUACUCAUGAUCGAAAAAGGAAUUAGGGGAGGGAUCUCGACGAUUUCAAACAGUCAUGGGAAAGCAAAUAACCCAUACAUGGGAAAGAAAUACAACGAUAAGGAAGCAACAAAAUAUAUCACAUACCUAGAUGCUAAUAACCUUUAUGGAUGGGCUAUGAGUAAACCCAUCACAACAGAUGGAUUUAAAUGGAUGUCUGAACGGGAGGUUACUGAUUGGAAGAAAAACCCAUGUAUCUUAGAGGUAAGUGUGGGAUAUCUAAAAGAUCUUCAUGAAUUGCAUAAUGUUUAUCUGUUAGCACCAGAGAGAAUUACGGUCUCCAAAGUUGAGAAACUCAUUCUCAAUAACAAAACAAAGUAUGUAAUACACUAUGAAAACCUCAAGACGUAUGAAAGUCUUGGAUUGAGGAUCACAAAGAUUCAUAGGGGAAUCAAGUUUGGGGAAACUGCAUGGCUCAAACAGUAUAUUGACCUUAUCACAAAUCUCAGGGCAAAGGCAAAUAAUGAGUUUGAAAAGGACUUUUUCAUUGACAAGUUGAUGAACAAUUCCGUCUUCUGUGAGACGAAGGAAAACAUCAGGAGCAUCGUUGAUAUCAGAUUAGUCAACAGCGAAGCAAAGGGAAAGAAACAAGCUGCAAAACCAAAUUUUGCAGUAGCCAUAAACAUGAAAAAAGCUAGUAUUUAACAAGCCUGUGAACUUGGGAAUGUGUAUUCUUGAUUUGAGCAAGACUUUAAUUGAUAACUUUCGUUAUAACUACAUCAAGACAAAGUAUGAAGAUAGGGCAAAGCUAUUGUUCACAGAUACAGACAGCCUAGCCUAUGAGAUCAAAGGGAUUUUACAAAGAGAUGUCAGCUGA